AUGCUAUCACAUAAUACCAUGGUGAAGCAGAGGAAACAGCAAGCAUCAGCCAUCAUGAAGGAAAUCCAUGGAAAUGAUGUAGAUGGCAUGGACCUGGGCAAAAAAGUCAGCAUCCCCAGAGACAUCAUGUUGGAAGAAUUAUCCCAUCUCAGUAACCGUGGUGCCAGACUGUUUAAGAUGCGACAAAGAAGAUCUGACAAAUAUACAUUUGAAAAUUUCCAUUAUGAAUCUAAAGCACAAAUAAAUCACAAUAUUGCCAUGCAGAAUGAGAAAUUGGAUGGAAGCAACUUGGAAAGUGGUUCACAGCAAGCCCCAUUUACUCCUCCUAACACCCCGGAUCCACGAAGUCCCCCAAAUCCAGAAAACAUUGCACCAGGAUAUUCUGGACCACUGAAGGAAAUUCCUCCUGAAAGAUUCAACACCACAGCUGUCCCUAAGUACUACCAGUCACCCUGGGAACAGGCCAUUAGCAAUGAUCCGGAGCUUUUAGAGGCUUUAUACCCUAAACUUUUCAAGCCUGAAGGAAAGGCAGAACUGCCUGAUUACAGGAGCUUUAACAGAGUUGCCACCCCAUUUGGAGGUUUUGAAAAAGCAUCAAAAAUGGUUAAAUUUAAGGUUCCAGAUUUUGACCUACUACUUCUAACAGAUCCCAGAUUCAUGGCCUUUGCCAAUCCUCUUUCUGGAAGACGGUCCUUUAAUAGGACUCCUAAGGGAUGGAUAUCUGAGAAUAUUCCUAUAGUGGUAACAACUGAACCUACAGAGGAUACCACCAUACCGGAAUCAGAAGACCUAUGA